GCCCACUGGCCACCUCCAUUAUUUUAUUUUAUAAAAAAAUUAAAUAAAAAUACAAACAAACUCACAUUCUCUCUUUACACCACCAACCCAAUUCAAAAAAAUCAAGAAAGAAAAAGUUCAGAAAAGAAAGCACAGAAACAGAGCUAAAAGAAACAAAGAAAGGACCCUCGUUGUUGUCUGUCAUUUCUUGAAAAUCUUUUGGGUUUUGAUUUUUGAGCAAGAUUUCUUCCAGAUCGGUUUUCAAUGGCUCAGCAAGGGCAGGUGUCUAUCGACCCUGCCGUUUUGGACGAUAUAAUCACUCGUCUUUUGGAUUUUAGGCAAACAAGAGCAGCCAAACAACAGCAGGUACAGCUAACUGAGAAUGAGAUCCGCCAACUCUGUCUUGUUUCUCGAGAAAUCUUUCUUCAGCAGCCCAACCUUCUGGAGCUUGAAGCCCCCAUCAAGAUCUGUGGUUUUGGAAAGGAGGAGAUGGACAAUGGAGAUCACUUUGAGGAAGGAAAUUUCUGGUAAUCAUUGGUGCUGCAUCAUAUCUUAUUUUUUAGG